GGUAGCAACAGUUGCCCCGGUGAAGGCAAGGCGCCAUAGUCACGGUAGUCCUGGCGACAAGAACCAAGCAACGGGAGUCAACAACAACAACAGCCUAAAUCUAAGGAAAAAAAGCUCAAACGACUAAAAAGGACACUAUUGGGAUACAUUAAAGCAGAACUAGUGCCUCAAAGCAUUGGUUGCCAUGGCAACUUCUGGAUACUCGGAGGACCUUCAGCCUCAGCAGGCCAACACAGUAACUAUGGCAACACCUGGUGCCACCGCACCCUCAUCUGCAAAGACCGCACACUUCCUGUCCGAUGUCCCACCGACCUCUGGGACCAUUUCAUCUGCGAACCAAUCGUCCGCUGCCGCAAAAACGGGACAGGACGCACUUUGUUCUCAAGCGCCGCCCACCAGCCAGAAGCCAGUGGUUCUGACGACUCCCACGCAACACUAUGUGCCCCCAGAUAUCCAACACACUGCGGUCCAGAAAAGUAAUGGUCAGAGCAACUCGCCUCAGUACAUCAUAGUGACUGUUACAGAGGGCUCUGUUCACUCCAACGACAGCCUGUCAGACUCCAGCCCGCCAGCCUCAGGUGUUCCUGCUCAGGUGGUCCAACCAGUGCAGACCAGCCAACAGAGGUCAGUUUUGCAAGCAGCCAAGAGGAUUCAGUCUGACCACAUCAACAACCUGCAGUCUGUGCACAUUAACCAGGAGGUGGAGCAUGUGUACUCCGGUCAGGUGCAGUAUGUGGACGGAGGAGGAGACACCACCUUUACCACGUCCUCCAUUCGAUCGAGCAGCUACCCUUUCUCCGACUCGCCCCUUUACUCCCAGACGCCCCCCACCUCCUCGUCCUACUAUGAGGCCACGCCCAGCUCUGAGUCAGACCUCACCGGCUCUGUGACCUCGCAGCCCGUUUCUGUGGCAACAGCUGGAGCCAAUAGCGGCGGAGCCUCUGCGGGCGGAGGGGGCUAUGUCAUUCAGGGAGGCUACGUUUUGGGAGGCGGAGCAACAGGUGGAGGAGGACAGAGUUACUCCAGCCCUAACUCUCGUGCCCCACCUGCUACUGUGCAGUGGCUGUGUGAUAACUACGAGGGGGCGGAGGGGGUGAGUUUACCCCGCUGCACCCUCUACUACCACUACCUGCUGCACUGCCAGGAGCAGAAACUAGAACCUGUUAACGCCGCAUCCUUCGGCAAACUCAUCAGGUCCGUCUUCAUGGGGCUCCGGACGCGGAGACUGGGGACCAGAGGGAACUCAAAGUACCACUACUACGGCCUGAGGAUCAAAUCUGGGUCCCCGCUGCUCAGACUGAUGGACGAACAGCAGCACAUGGCGCUGAGGCAGCAGCCUUUCUCACAGAAAAACAGGUUGAAGCCACUUCAGAAGGCACAGGGGAUCACCAAUGGCACAGCAGGUGGGCUGGGUCAGCAGGCCUCAGGACUUUGUGAUAUUUCAGCUCAGGUGCAACAGUAUCAACAGUUUCUGGAAGCAUCGAGGCCGCUGCCUGACUUUGUGGAAAUCGAUCUGCAAGCUCGGCCCCUGCCUGACGGGAUCAUCGUAGAACACCUGAAGGCCUUUCAGACGCUCUACAGAGAACACUGUGAGGCCAUUAUGGACGUGAUGGUCAACCUCCAGUUCACCCUGGUGGAGACGCUGUGGAAAUCCUUCUGGAGGUUCAGCCAGAGCAUCGACACAGAAUCCCUCAACCUGCACAAUGAGUCGGAGAAGCGUCUGCCCAAAUCCUGCCUGGUGGUGCUGUGUAAGUACGAGCCGGUGCUGCGCUGGACCAAGGAGUGUGACAACCUGCUCUACCAGACCCUGGUGGAGAUCCUCAUCUCUGAUGUGCUGAGACCCAUCCCCAGUGCCUUAACUCAGGCCAUCCGCAACUUUGCCAAGAGUCUGGAGAACUGGUUGACAGGCGCCUUGAUGAACAUCCCAGAGGAGAUGGUUCGCAUCAAGGUAUUUAUAAGCUUCUCUGUUGAUUCCAUACCAGGUUAUAGUAUGCACCAGUUCUACAAAUGCAAAAAUAGGCCAAUAUUUAUUGAAUUAGACUGGUGCGCAGCCCUUUUAGACAGAAAAAGUUGUCUAUUUUUCUAUUUAACUACUGCUUACAGGAAAUGA